GGCGGUUCCCCACCCGGAGCCUUUAGGGAGCAGCACCCGCCUGGCUCCGCCCAGGGAGGGAGAAGGUGGCUUGAAGGGCUGCAGAAAUGGCGACUCUGGCAGGUGAGGGGGGGCUGGGCUGGAGGGGUGGGGGUAUAUAUUUGGGGGGGGGGGCUUCCCAUGCUGGCUGACCCCCCCAGGCAGGCAGGGAGGGAGGGGUCAAGGGACCAGGAGCUGCCCCCUUCCAAACUCUAAAGGUCAACAGCCCCAGAUAUGCAGAUGACACAACUUGGAUGGCAGAAAGUGAGGAGGAAUUGUUAUUGCGACUCUUUAUAUUGGAUCAGAUUUUUACUGUUAAUGCUUCAUGUUUUUUGGGGGGGGGUUGGAAGACGCCCAGAGUAUGGGCUGGGUAUAAAUAAAUAAAUUGUUAGUGUUGUUGUUGUCUUUAAACAUUAAUUUUAACUGUUUUGUUUAAGUUAAUCCUGCUAAUGUACUUACAUGUGUACUGUACAAUAGCAUUUCAAAUAAUUCACAAAUUUCCCCCAGUCUUUUAUAAAGUUUCCCCCUUCUUGGUUCCUUAUUGCUCCCAUAAAUUUUGCACUGGGAUGAGAGUCUUCUUUCAGUUUCUGAGCUUAUAUCCUCCUGGCUGCGGUCAUCGUAGCAGACAUAAACAGUUAUGAUUUCAUAUAGAUAUUUUUAAAUUGUCCACGCAAGGCCUCCCAUUCAUCUCUCAACAGAUUUCAGGUUUUUGAUGAGGGGGUGCCGAAUGGAUGGUCAAGCCCCUUUUUGAAGAAACGUAAGCGCUUUGCAAUAUAGACGAUCAGCUUCAGGUCCUGGGUAUAAUUCUUACUAUUUAUAUACCGCUCAUCUGACUGGGUUGCCCCAGCUACUCUGGGUGGCUUCCAACAAAAUACUAAAACACCAAAACCCUCAAACCUUCCUGUGCAGCCUGUUGUUGUUGUUGUUUAGUCGUUUAGUCGUGUCCGCCUCUUCGUGACCCCCUGGACCAGAGCACGCCAGGCCCUCCUGUCUUCCACUGCCAGUUUGGUCAAACUCAUGUUCAUAGCUUCUAGAACACUGUCCCACCAUCUCGUCCUCUGUCGUCCCCUUAUCCUUGCGUCCUCCAUCUUUCCCAACAUCAGGGUCUUUUCCUUUUUUUUUUUUAAAUGAUAUUUAUUAAAGUUUCAAAAGAAGGAUACAUAAAUAAGAAAGAGAAAAAUAGAAAAAAGAAAAAUACCAAAUACCAAAAAAAACCCAAUUAAAAACAAUUCCAUCUUAUCAUCACUUCUCUUUCAUUUACUUGUUUCCCGGACCUCCUCAUACCUCCCUUUUUUGUAUUCCAGUUCAAUUUAUUAGUUCAGCAGUUCCUUUCCCUCCUUUUUAAUCCUGAUCUUUAAUCUUAAUAUAUUAUAACAUUAGGUUUUUACGUAUUGAAAAUCCAAUUUUUCCAUAUUCCUUUAUACCAUUACAGCUGGAAACCACUUAACUUCAAUCCAACAUCAUUCUAACAUUCAUUAAUUUUGCAAUAUUUCUGUAAAUAGUCUUUAAAUUUCCUCCAAUCUUCUUCCACCGACUCUUCUCCCUGGUCUCGGAUUCUGCCAGUCAUUUCCGCCAAUUCCAUGUAGUCCAUCAUUUUCAUCUGCCAUUCCUCCAGUGUGGGUAGGUCUUGUGUCUUCCAAUGCUUUGCAAUAAGUAUUCUUGCUGCUGUUGUAGCAUACAUACAUCAGGGUCUUUUCCAGGGAGUCUUCUCUUCUCAUGAGUCUUGGAGCCUCAGCUUCAGGAUCUGUCCUUCCAGUGAGCACUCAGGGCUGAUUUCCUUCCGAAUGGAGAGGUUGGAUCUUCUUGCAGUCCAUGGGACUCUCAAGAGUCUCCUCCAGCACCAGAAUUCAAAAGCAUCUAUUCUUCGGCGAUCGGCCUUCUUUAUGGUCCAGCUCUCACUUCCAUACAUCACUACUGGGAAAACCAGAGCUUUUACUAUACGGACCUUUGUUGGCAAGGUACUGUAUGGACCUUUGUUGGAAGACAGGAGUGCCUGGCAUGCUCUGGUCCAGGGGGUCACCAAGAGGCAGACACGAUUAAACAACAACGUGUCCGCCUCUUCGUGACCCCGUGGACCAGAGCACGCCAGUUCCCGCAGGUCGAAGCAGCCGCUUAAACUAUAUAAGAGGGUUUUGUUGGAGGGAGAGGCGGAGAGAGGGAAAACUCUAGGGGCCUCAUUUAAAGAAAACCUGUCUCCCAGAUGCUUUGCGCUGAUUUUAGAGGGUAGGGGUCUGCACCCAGAAAAGACGUCUGGGCCGUUGAGAGGCCUUGGCCCCCAGAUCUCGGAAGAGCAGGCAGGGAGGCUAACAAAGCGCGUACUCUGUUAUGGAUCUUGGUAAUAUGAGCCUUGUGCUAGGAAGCUGGAAAUGGUCCCUCGGGUGACUGGAAAGUGGCGGGGAUGUUGUCAGGCGAAGGCAAGUGGAACAGGUGCUCAGGCACAGCGCCCAGGCGCUGGAUCAGUCCCCCAGUUGCCGCAGUUGGCCCGUUUGCAGCCUUCGGAGGAUGGUGCCUUAUGCUCCCUCCAAACAAAAUUGGUAGAAUUGUAUUUAUUAUUAUUAAACUUUAUUUGCACAUUAAAUGUUACAUGUAAUCAACCACGUUAUUCUAUUAUAUAAAAAAAGAUCUACACAAAAAGAAAAAAGAAAGAAAAGACAAAAACAAAAAAAUACAAACGGGAAAAUCUUGUCAAAAACAUACAGCUGUUUAAUAAAUACAAACCAUCAUUGAUGAUACAGUGGUACCUCGGGUUGCAUACGCUUCAGGUUACAGACUCCGCUAACCCAGAAAUAGUACUUCGGGUUAAGAACUUUGCUUCAGGAUGAGAACAGAAAUCGCGUGGCGGCAGCAGGAGGCCCCAUUAGCUAAAGUGGUGCUUCAGGUUAAGAACAGUUUCAGGUUAAGAAUGGACCUCCGGAACGAAUUAAGUACUUAACCCGAGGUACCACUGUAUUCUAAACACAUAUUUCCAGUGAGAGAUCCUUUUAUCUUGACCUUAUCUUUUACUCCUCGCAACUCUCACUUUCUCAUCUGUACCUAAUCUCUGGUUUUAUUCCCUGAUUUAUUUGAUGACUUCCUUCUGCCUCUACGCGGUUACUAAUUUCUCAUCUAUUAAAGUCUCUGCGUCCAUUUUUAGCUCUGCGAAAAGCCAUUUGUAUUAUCUCUGUGGAAUUUAAUCUAUGCUCAACCACUGUGGUUUUCUUUCCAGCUUCCCGCGUCGCCACGCAUGGCCUGUCCCUUUGGAGGUAAGCAUGCCUGAAGCAAUUCUCACUCUCUUAGAGAACACUGAGCCCAAUUCUUUGAUUAUUUUGGCUCUUUAAAGGUAAAGGGACCCCUGACCAUUAGGUCCAGUCGUGGCUGACUCUGGGGUUGCAGCGCUCAUCUCGCUUUACUGGCCGAGGGAGCCGGCGUACAGCUUCCGGGUCAUGUGGCCAGCAGGACUAAGCCGCUUCUGGCGAACCAGAGCAGCGCACGGAAACGCCGUUUACCUUCCCGCCGGAGUGGUACCUAUUUAUCUACUUGCACUUUGACGUGCUUUCGAACGGCUAGGUUGGCAGGAGCAGGGACCGAGCAACGGGAGCUCACCCCGUCAUUGUGGGGAUUCGAACCGCGACCUUCUGAUCGGCAAGUCCUAGGCUCUGUGGUUUAACCCACAGCACCACCUGCGUCCCUCACUAUAUACUGCUUAAUCACCCACGCUUCGGAGCGAAGAUUAACUAAACACGCAAAGCGACGCCAUUUUCGGUCAUUUAGUAAAUGGCAGGAGGUGGGGGGGAGGUUUCAAAUCCCGCUAAGUUCUACUCAGAGUAAACCCACUGGAAUUUAUGUACGUAGGUUAGCAGUGCCCAUUGGUUCCAGCGGGUCUCCUCUGAACAGGAUGAUAUUGGGCACAGCAGUUGUUUGUGGAAGGGCGUAAAUCGUUCUGAGCCCUUAAAAAUAAGACGUGUGCCCGGUUUUAGACGUUUCAUUUCUGUUCCCUAAGCGAAGCUAACUCUGCAACGCUAUACAGGCCGACUCUGAAGCAAGUCGAAUGAAUGAAUCUUUAUUUGCGCCCGCCAUCAGCCAUAGCAAUAAAACAAUACGAUAUACCAAGAAUAGAAAUAAAAAGUCAAUUAUGUAAGAUACAUUUUAGGGUUUUGAAUCAAUGGUCAAAUCGUGGGUCUUAUUCCGAUUGCCCCAGCGAGAAACCCUGCAACCUUUGCUCAUCUUGAUCUGCCAGGAGAAAGGACCCUGGGGCAGUGGCUGGGCGACUGGGAAUGGACGAUAAAAGAGGGGUGAUAAUCUCAUUCCUCAAGUCUUUAUAAAGAGGGCAAGCCAGAAGGGCAUGCGCCACCAAUUCGGGACUGCCACCUCCACAGAGACAUAAGCAUUUUUUGUGUGGGAUCUGUUGGAAUCGUCCCUCAAGUCCAGCCGAGGGCAAGACAUUCAAUCUUGCAAGAGUAAAACUUCGUCUAUAUUUUAGAAUUGCUAGGUGAUGCAGAGAGGGUGGCAGAGAGUCGAAACAGGAAGGUAGGAAAUAGCAAGCUGUUUGAGGCUUACUCUCAAGUAACUGUGUAGGCCAGUGGCUCCCUGGGGGAAGGGGGCAGCCCUUUGUUCCCAUCCGAUACCCUGCAAAAAGAAUUGCUCAGAAGAGCGGUAGGUCUGCCCCACUAAAGGUAAAGGGACCCCUGACCAUUAGGUCCAGUCGUGGCCGCGUCUGGGGUUGCGGCACUCAUCUCGCUUUACUGGCAGAGGGAGCCGGCUUACAGCUUCCGGGUCGUGGCCAGCAUGAUUAAGCCGCUUCUGGCAAACCAGAGCAGCGCACGGAAACACCGUUUACCUUCCCGCCGGAGCAGUACCUAUUUAUCUACUUGCACUUUGACGUGCUUUCGAACGGCUAGGUGGGCAGGAGCAGGGACCGAGCAACGGGAGCUCACCCCGUCAUUGCGGGGAUUCGAACCACCACUUCUGAUCGGCAAGUCCUAGGCUCUGUGGUUUAACCCACAGCGCCACCCGCGUCCCUCUGCCCCACUAAAGGAGGAUGCUAUUGCAACUUUGGGUGGGAUGAUGAUUUUGAGCACUGUGCACGAGCCCCGCUUUGAGACCCACAACUUCUCACUCUCCCCGAACAGGCCGCUCGCGGCGUCCAGUGCACCCGCUCGCUCGCUUCAUCAGACGCCCAUGACAGACAGCACAGACAGGUAGGCCGAACCCCAAAUACGCCCCCCCCUUUGCUGGGCAGCCUGGGGGGAUUCUAUUCGCAAAACCAGUUUGGUGUUUCACAACUUUCUGACUAGUUGCAGGACCUUAGCCAGACCUAGCAGAAUCCACGGAAUCAAUUGGCAACUUGGCUGCAGACAGGAUAGACGGAGCAGGAACCAGGAACUUGUCGUUAGGUGUUUAUUAUAUACAGUGGACUGUUUACAGGAACAGAACACGGAUCUUUUGAUAGCUCUCUCUGACACGACUCACAACUCCUACACUGACACACAGAACUCUGAACACUGAAAUACUGAACACUGAACUAACACAUUCCAGUUAGCAGGCCAUUAAUUAGCACUCCCUUGAGAGAGCUUGACCAAUCAGGGAGCAGUCUCCAUGUCUCGGUUAUCACCAGGCAGACUUACUCCUUCAGAUUGCCAUCUGGCUGUCUGCCAAACCUUAACUGACUCUGUCAGUAGCUGCAUGUACACAGUUUCCCAACAGAUUCCAUGGGGCAGGCGGAAAGGAACUUUGAGAGCCGCCGAGGGGUAGCCACAAACCAGGGAGACCUCGCUUCCAAUCGCCUCUCCUCGAGCUCAUUUGGGACCUCGAGCCGGUCGCCCACCUCUCAGCUUAGCCUGCCUCGUAGAAUUGUAGCAUUGGAAGGGGAACCCAGGGGUCAUCCAGCCCAACCCCCGGCAAUACAGGGGUUGCGGCGAAAGAUGGCCUUCCACCCUCUGCUUAAAAACCUCCGAGAAAGGAGAGUCCACCACUUUCCCGAGGGAGACUGUUCUGUUAUCAAACAGCUCUUACCACUAGAAAGUUAUUCCUGAUGUUUGAAUCCGUUGGUUCGGGUCCUUGCUGGCUCCAUCUCCCAUGGGACAACUGCUCUUCCAAUAUUUGAUGAUGGAUCUCCUAUCUCAUACGCUUCUCUAAGAUUAUUUAUAUCCUGCUUUCCACUCACGUAGGUCUCAAAACGACCUCCAACAACGAUAACAUAUAAGCAGUUUAAAACUCACACAUUUUUAAACACCAAGAAUUUUAUAUCUCCACCCGAAAACAUCUGAGAUCCAUCCAGGGCGAUGCAAAGGCCACUGGGAAUAGAACAGUUUGACCGGACAUCUGAAAAUCCAGUAGGGAUGGGAGUCUCCUUGCUGGACUCUCUGCCUAACUUGUCCCUGCCUAAUUUCUUGUGGGAGGGAGUUCCAUAGGUCUGUGCAGCCGAUACCAUAAUUUGCACCCAGCUCUUGUUCUUGUGGGACUCCAGUCAGAAACCAGCAAGGUUGGAGCGAUAACAGGAGCCAUGAAACUGGGUUCUAAGGGGGUCGUCUAGCCCGAACCCCUGUGAUUCCUCAGCAGGGAACGGUGCCCUGAUGGUAUCCUUUUCUUCGUAGUUCUGCUCAGCUUCAGCAGAAGAGCGCCAGCACCGUCGUUCAAAAGAAGUCGUACCUUCCUAGCAGCCGGGGCGAGUACGUCAUCACCAAGCUAGACGACUUGGUCAAUUGGGCUCGGCGGGUGAGUGGCAGCUUUGUGAAAAUUAUUAUUAUUAUUAUUAUUAUUAUUAUUAUUAAAGGGUAAAGGUAAAGGGACCCAUGACCAUUAGGUCCCGUCGUGGCCGACUCUGGAGUUGCGACGCUCAUCUCGCUUUACUGGCCGAGGGAGCCGGCGUACAGCUUCCGGGUCAUGUGGCCAGCAGGACUAAGCCGCUUCUGGCGAACCAGAGCAGCGCAUGGAAACGCCGUUUACCUUCCCGCCGGAGUGGUGCCUAUUUAUCUACUUGCGCUGGUGUGCUUUCGAACUGCUAGAUUGGCAGGAGCAGGGACUGAGCAACGGGAGCUCACCCCGUUGUGGGGAUUCGAACCGCCGACCUUCUGAUUGGCAAGCACUAGGCUCUGUGGUUUAACCCACAGCGCCACCCACGUCCCUAUUAUUAUUAUUUUGUUUAAUUGCUGCUAGAGACUUAGUUCAUCCUGCCCGUAACAUCUCCUGCAGGCCCUCAAGCCUUAUAUACCUGUGUUUUACCCCGAGCCACACUUGACCUUUCACUUUCCCAAAUGCGGAAGCCGCAAAAACAAAACCGCAAAAUAAAUAGCGAAAACAGACAGACCUCAGCGUAACACUCAAAACGGAGCAUGUUCGGCUUCCAAAAAAUGUUCGCAAACCGGAACACCUACUUCCGGGUUUGCUAGUGUUUGAGUUCCAAGUUGUUUGAGAACCAAGGCAUUUGAGAACCAAGGUACCACUGUAUUAGCACCUACAAUUCCUAAUAGAAAAGCCUCGAGUUUUUAAAAUAAAAGUUAGUGGCUCAUAGGGAUGCUGGUGGCGCUGUGGGUUAAACCACAGAGCCUAGGACUUGCCGAUCAGAAGGUCGGCGGUUCGAAUCCCUGCGACAGGGUGAGCUCCCGUUGCUCGGUCCCUGCUCCUGCCAACCUAGCAGUUCGAAAGCACAAAGCGCAAGUAGAUCAAUAGGUACCACUCUGGCGGGAAGGUCAACGGCGUUUCCGUGCACUGCUCUGGUUCGCCAGAAGCGGCUUAGUCCUGCUGGCCACAUGACCCAGAAGCUGUACGCCGGUUCCCUCGGCCAAUAAAGCAAGAUGAGCGCCGCAACCCCAGAGUCAGCUACGACUGGACCUAAUGGUCAGGGGUCCCUUUACCUUUACCUAGUGGCUCAUAUCUCAAUGCUGAGCAUCUCCUCCGCCCACAGAGCUCCUUGUGGCCGAUGACCUUCGGCUUGGCUUGCUGCGCCGUCGAGAUGAUGCACAUGGCUGCGCCCCGCUACGACAUGGACCGCUUCGGGGUGGUCUUCCGAGCCAGCCCCCGGCAAGCCGACGUCAUGAUCGUGGCGGGCACGCUCACCAAUAAGAUGGCACCCGCUCUUCGGAAGGUAGGCCGGGUGGAAUCCGAGAGGCGGCACUUUCAGGGACGAUGGGAGACGUUGGUUUGGCCCGAGGGCCAUAUUCGCUUCUGGGGGGCCGCCUGCUGGCAGAGGGCAGGGCUAAAGGCGAAAUGUUUUAAACAAUUUAAAAUUUUGGUUCCUCUUGUUUUGCUUCUGUUGGGGUUGGUAAAAUGUUUAGUCGGGGCUGGUGGUUAUAUUAACUUGGGCAUAACUGUAAACUUUUUAUUAUUAUUAUUAUUAUUAUUAUUAUUAUUAUUAUUAAUUUCUGUCCCACCCCAUCUGGCUGGGUUUCCCCAGCCACUCUGGGCAGCUUACAGCAUAUAUAAAUACAGUGGUACCUCGGGUUAAGUACAGUGGUGCCCUGCAAGACGAAUGCCUCGCAAGACGGAAAACCCGCUAGACGAAAGGGUUUUCCGUUUUCAAUGCGCUUCGCAGGACGAAUUUCCCUAUGGGCUUGCUUCGCAAGACGAAAAUGUCUUGCGAGUCUUGAGAUUUUUUUUCGCUCCCCCCCCCUUUUUCUAAGCCGCUAAGCCUUUAAUAGCCUUUUAGCAGCUAAGCCGAUAAGCCGAUAAGCCUUUAAUAGCCGCUGAACCGCUAAUAGCGCUAAUCUGCUAAGCCGCUAAUAGGGUUGCUUCGCAAGACGAAAAAACCGCUAGACGAAGAGACUCGCGGAACGGAUUAAUUUCGUCUUGCGAGGCACCACUGUACUUAAUUCGUUCCGGAUGUCCGUUCUUAACCUGAAACUGUUCUUAACCUGAAGCACCACUUUAGCUAAUGGGGCCUCCUGCUGCCGCUGUAGCACAAUUUCUGUUCUUAUCCUGAAGCAAAGUUCUUAACCUGAAGCACUAUUUCUGGGUUAGCGGAGUGUGUAACCUGAAGCGUAUGUAACCCGAGGUACCACUGUACAGAUUAUAAAUAAACCAGUAAAACAACAGAAACUAAUAAUAAUGAUGGCAUCCAGAAGGGAACACAGCCCUCAGGCAGAGUACAAAGUUUUAAAGGGCAGAAGCAAUUAUUACUAUUAUUAUUAUUAUUAUUAUUAUUAUUAUUAUUAUUAGUUUCUAUUGAUUUAUUGGUUUGUUUAUAAUCUGUACAGCCGUACCUUUGAUAUUCUGUGAAAUUUUUAAUGUGUGUGUUUUUUUGUGCGCGGGGUGGGUGUGUUGCUGUUUUAACAAUUUAUUUUGCGCUUCUAUCUUGUGUUUCCACCCUGUGUGCCACAGGAUGAAGGGCGGUGUACACAUUCAAUAAAUAAAAAUAAACUUACUAAGCUUUGCAGAUCCAGGUCUCUGCAACUCAUUUUGACUCCAGAAUGCAAAACCCGUCAUCUUCUUUGUUUCAACAGGUGUACGACCAGAUGCCUGAGCCACGCUACGUAGUCUCCAUGGGGAGGUAAAGAAAAAUGGAAAUAUUUCUUUCCUAUUGUCAUCGGGGAAAGUGGGUGUACUUUGUAAUCAUUUUUCAAGCUUAUAACCUCCAUUCAUCUCCCUGCUGCUGGUUGUCGCCCGUGAUUUGAACUCUAGGCUCUGACGUGCUUUUGCUGCUGUCUCUACUGAAUCUUUCCUCCUCCUGCAAACCGCACUCCCUGAUGUUUCCGCGGAGGGGGAAACGUUUAAACCGACGUAUCUCAUAAUCACCAGUGCCACCUCUUGGGGGCGGGCAGCCAAGGGUGCCAGAGGUGCAAAUAUAAUAAAUAUAAUAAUCAGAUUUCGAAAAGCUGGUAUCAUGGGAUUAAGUCCAUCCGUUUGGUUGAAAUAAUCAAAUUUAAAUAGUUUAAAUUGGAUUUUGAACACAUGCAAUCAACCACUCCUGUUGGAAUUUCAUCACACUGUUAUCGUCCUUUGUGGGCUGUGCAAACUGCUAUUCCGAAUACCGUUUUUUUAUAGGGUUGGGGGCACUGGGGGUGAGUUUGCGACACCAAAAAGAUGACUUAAAUAGUGAAUAAUAGGUUGGCUAAAACACUGGACUGCCCUCCAUUGGUUUUUUGUCCUGUUAUUUUUCAGCUGUGCUAACGGUGGCGGCUACUACCAUUACUCUUACUCCGUGGUUCGUGGCUGUGACCGGAUCGUGCCGGUGGACAUCUACGUCCCAGGUAAACAAGACGACGUGCGUCACUGGGGGUUGGACUAGAUGACCGUUGGGGGACCGUUCCAACUCUACGGUUCUCUGAUCUUGAUAGCUGCCUCUCCUUGGCUGCUCUUCCCCAGCCUGCAGCCGCUUCAGACUCCCAUCAGCCCAGGACAUGGAGUCCAAAGUGGCUGGUGAUGACUCUGGACUUGAGAUCUGGCCUUCUUCCAGAGUCGUUUUGGACUCACAGCUAUCCAUGUAGGCGUAGGUCCAUUCUGGUGGAUCAGGCCCGUCCAGCAUGGGUGGCCAACAAGAUUCCCCCAAGGAAAGCCCACAAGCAUGUUCUGAGCCCCAGAACAACUCUCUCCCUCUGUGGUUUGUAGCAACAGAUAUUCAGAAGCAUUCACAGCUGUCCAUGGAGGCGCAGGUCCAUUCUGCGUCUAGGGCAGCUGUCUACCAGCUCCAUCUGGUAUGCAGAAUGAAACCCUCCCUGCCCGUAGACUGUCUCCCCAGAGUGGUGCAUGCUCUGGUUAUCUCCCGCUUGGACUACUGCCAUGCGCUCUCCGUGGGGCUACCUUUGAAGGUGACCCCGAAACUACAACUAAUCCAGAAUGCGGCAGCCAGACUGGGGACUGGGAGAGGCCGCUGGGACCACAUAACACCAGUCCUGAAAGACCUACAUUGGCUCCCAGUACGUUUCCAAGCACAAUGCAAAGUGUUGGUGUUGACCUUCAAAGCCCUAAACGGCCCAGUAGACCUGAAGGAGCGUCUCCACCCCCAUCGUCCAGCCUGGACACUGAGGUCCAGCUCCGAGGGCCUUCUGGCGGUUCCCUCCCUGUGAGUUGUGAGCUUACAGUAGUACCUCGGGUUAAGUACUUAAUUCGUUCCAGAGGUCCGUUCUUAACCUGAAACUGUUCUUAACCUGAAGCACCACUUUAGCUAAUGGGGCCUCCUGCUGCUGCUGUGCCGCCAGAACACAAUUUCUGUUCUCAUCCUGAAGCAAAGUUCUUAACCCGUAGUACUAUUUCUGGGUUAGCGGAGUCUGUAACCUGAAGAGUCUGUAACCUGAAGCAUAUGUAACCCGAGGUACCACUGUACAGGGAACAUGACAGAGGGCCUUCUCGGUGGUGGCGCCCGCCCUGUGGAAGGCCCUCCCAUCCGAUGUCAAGGAAAUAAACAACUAUCUGACUUUUAGAAGACAUCUGAAGGCAGCCCUGUUUAGGGAGGUUUUUAUUGUUUGAUGUUUCAUAAUUUGCUGGGAGCCACCCAGAGUGGCCGGAGCAACCCAGUCAGAUUUGCUGCAUAUAAAAAAACAGAUCAUUAUUGCUAUUGUUAUCCCUUAGGAUAACUUUCCAACUUUACGAUUCUGUUAUCAUUAUGCAAUACAAGGAUUUCUGGUCUGGACAACCGCCUUGCCUCUGCCCUGUGAUGGUCUGACUGCGAACCUCCUUUUUCGCAGGUUGCCCCCCAACAGCCGAAGCUCUCCUCUACGGGAUCCUGCAGCUGCAGCGCAAGAUCAAGCGGGAAAAACGACUCCAGAUUUGGUACCGGAAGUAGCAACGGCACGUCGGCUGGCGGGCCCGAAAAUGACGGUGGCGCACGUGGUUUAGCGCAUUUUGCACACAGCUCUUUCUCUACAAGUUUGCAAUUAUAUAUAGAGAUAAACAGAGUACAUUGGUUUGGUGGCCCGUCUCUUUUCACAAUCAAGG